AUGGCUCACCAGCUCUUGUCCACAGAUGAGAGGGCCAACCUUCACCAUCAACAUAUCAAAAAAGAAGCCCACUCAGUUGCACGGCGCUCUUCUCGCCAUGGACAGCAACGAGAUUCCCUGAAGCAAAUCACUGCUCGUGUCAGCCCUUCUCGAGAAAAAGAUAACAAGGACCCAAAUAAACGUCGCAGUCGACUUGCUUGUGCCCGGUGCCGACAGCGAAAGAUUAAAUGCAGUGGCGAGAACGAGGAUGGACAGGCUUGCACGAACUGUCGAAAUGCAGGCGAAGAAACAAGAUGCCAUUUCUUGAGGGUCAAGGCAAUGCAUUGUCCUGCCCUGGGUGGUGCUGCAAACCCUUCGCCAUCCAACGUCAACAUGUAUGCUCAAAUGAACCAAAAGUCGGCUGCAGUAUCGAAUGUACGAUACUCGCCGUAUUCACGGUCGCCCAAUUACUACAUGGGGCCAGCUGACGCGCAUCCUGCGUUUCCUCGGCAGCCAUACGGCAUCGAGCAUGGUGUCAACUACGAGGAUCCAUCAGCUGCAGUCUAUAACGGUCAAGCUGCUGCACACAUGCUGCCUAGUACACCGCAGGGCGCUUGGAAUGAUUACUACGGUUUAACCUGGAACCCGAGGGGAUGGAGUACGAAUGAGACGGGCUUCCCGGAUCAAGGAACAGAGAAUCCCCUGAUCCAAUCGGCCUAUUCCUACAUGCUUGCGGGACAGGGGACCCAUCGAAAUAUUCCAAGUCCUACGUCACAACCGCAACUGAUGACUCCUUCGCCUGAGGUUACUUCUGGACUGCCUUACCCCCCAGAAUACAGAGCCAGUGGAAGCCCUUGGGAGCAGAAAUGCGAUACAACGGCUCACCGUAGCCCAAUGCAAAGCAUCACGAACGAAUCCUUCUCUACAAGCCCAGAAAACCACAUCAAACUAGACCCAGGCGUCCAAGACAUGGUCCUGGGCUACGUCCCGACGAUUCUCUCACAAGACACAACCACUAUCCCUAACGGCACAUACCCAGCUCUCGACCCUGCAAUGGUAGGUGACUUCCAAACACCGCCCGGUGCCCAAUUCAUGAGAACCUUCUCACGAGACAGCAACAGCCGUCUACUAUCCAUCGGAACCAGCAGUGACUACAGCCCAUCGGACAGCUACCAUUACAGCAGCAAUGGCAGCAACAGCGGUAGUGAGCGCAGCAGUACCCAUUCCGAAGCGAGCGACUCUUCAGCAACUACGCUGAUUAACGGGUUGCCAUAUUCGCCUGUGAAGCAGGUCGAUACUCAUGCCCAGUCCGGACCACAGUUCAAUUUGAUGGCGUCAGAUGCUAUGGCGGAUUAUCACCCGGAGAUGCAGCGGGCUCUUCAGGGUUAUUGA